AUCUCCAUCACCUCGGUAGUCUACCAUCCGAUCCGAUCCUAAUCUACCCUUUGAUCAUCACCUACUUGGCCGCUGCUACUCCUAUCAGCUCGCCCACCAUGGAGAUGCUCACCUUCAAUGCCUCUGCGGGCUACCUCGAAGGCGUAGUGCGAGGCUACCGCAAUUCGCUCCUCUCCACCCACAUCUACUCGUCCCUCUCCCAAUGCGAGACCCUAGAUGAUCUCCGUAUGCAGCUCUCCGCCACCGACUAUGGAAACUUCCUCGCCAAUGAACAACCUCCCCUCACCACUUCAGUCAUCGCUGAAAAGGCAACGGGGAAGCUGGUGGGAGAAUUCAGGUAUCUGCAGGAUAAUGCCCCCAAGGAUGGGACAUUGGCUAGGUUCCUCGAGUACAUGACCUAUGGGUACAUGAUUGACAAUCUCAUCCUCCUCAUCACCGGUACACUCCACGAGCGAGACACCCACGAGCUGCUGGACCGUUGUCACCCGCUGGGCACUUUUGACGGCAUGCCCGCCCUAUGUGUGGCUAAUACAGUCGAGGAGCUCUACAAUUCCGUCGUCGUGGACACGCCCCUAGCAGGCUACUUCAAAGACUGUCUCUCCGCCCACGAUCUCGAUGAUUUGAACAUUGAGAUCAUCAGAAACACACUCUACAAGGCCUACCUUGAGGAUUUCUACAACUUCACCCAAUCCCUUGGGGGAACCACCGCUCAAGCCAUGGGCACUCUUCUCUCCUUUGAAGCGGACCGUCGUACGAUCAACAUCACACUCAACUCCUUUGGCACCUCUCUCUCAAAAGAGCAGCGAGCCAAGCUCUUCCCAUCCAUUGGCAAGCUCUACCCUGCAGGGAACAAUGCAUUGGCAAGGGCAGACGAUGUGGACCAGGUAAAGCAGGUAUGCGAAUAUAUCCCAGAGUACAAGAAUUGGUGGAAGGAUGGAGGACUGGGUGGUGGUAGUGGCGAGGAUGGAAGUGAGGUUGAGGAGCUCGAGGGAAAGAUGUUUAGGGAAGAGACAAAACUGAACAAGCUGGAAACAAUCUGCCAGUUCAACUAUUCGCCCUUUUACGCAUGGCUGAAGCUCAAGGAGCAAGAGAUCCGUUCCAUCACAUGGAUCGCAGAAUGCAUCGCCCAAGGCGCCCGCGAUAGGAUCACGGACUUUGUGCAAUUUUAAGCAAAGGCAGUAGUGGUGAUGGUGGAGAUUGUGUAGUAGAGACUGGACUUGGCUUGGCUCUCUUAUUGUUCUAUAGCUUCCUUGACACACCAGGAAUGAGUGACGAGUGAUGUGUGAUGUUGAUGAUGCCGGAGGGAAUGAAUGGUUCCCUUGUAGUCUACAAAUUGCACUUCUCUGUUUUCCCCUCUAGUCUCUUCCCUUUAUCGGGCUCCAAGUCCUCAAAAUCUAACCUUUCUCCCCACUCUCGGAAAAGGAAUACACUCUCUAACACUCCCCCUCCCCGCCAUCCAAGCAACCAAUCUCUCCACUCCCAUUCCAAAUCCUCCAUGAGGACCCAAUCCAUUCUUUCUCAAUUCCUCCACAUACCAAUACAAGGGAUGCUCCUGGGGGAUUGCUGUUGCAUUAGAAGGGAGGAGAUGUAGAGAUUUUAGACGGGAGAGGAGAAUAGAGGGGUCGUCUUCUCG